AUGAAGGUCAUCAAAGCGCUCUACGAUUACCAACCGGAACCCGGGAACUCGCAGGAACUCGCCUUCAGCAAGGGAGACUUCUUUCACGUUAUCAGCAGGGAGGACGACUUGGACUGGUACGAAGCGUGCAAUCCGCUCAUCCCUAGUGCGAGGGGGUUGGUUCCCGUGUCCUUCUUUGAAGUGAUUGGCAAAAACGAGAGACACAGCGCCGGAUCGGUGGACCAUCAUAAGAAGAAAGAGCCGCACGACUCAGGCUUCUCCGAUCGCGCUGCCUUCCCAAGUACAGACUUCAUCAGCAAUUCCUCCCGCAAUAGCUUUCAACCCAGGAUGUCGCAGUUGGGGAAGGGCUCGAGUGCCAUGGUCUAUGGCAUCGUUCAAUACGACUUCCAGGCCGAGCGACCGGACGAACUAGACGCCAAAGCUGGCGAGGCCAUUAUUGUUAUCGCCCAAUCAAACCAGGAAUGGUUUGUCGCCAAACCUAUCGGUCGCCUGGGGGGCCCGGGUCUCAUCCCCGUUUCCUUCCUCGAACUUCGCGAUAUGCAGACAGGCCAAGCGGUCACAGACCCGCUUGAAGCUGUGAGGCGUGCCGGCGUGCCGAAGGUGGAGGAAUGGAAGAAGAUGACGGCCGAGUACAAGAACAGCAGCAUCACGCUGGGCAAGAUCGAUUCUGCUGGUGGCUCGUCGAUGCAGUCCGUCACGUCGAGCAUGGACAAGAUGUCCAUCGGACGCCAGAGUCAAAUGAGCCAAAACGGCCAGUCCCAGGGCUACCACACUCGCAAUGCCAGUAAAGGGUCUCUUGUGCAACAAGUUUCGCACCAAUCGCAGCAGAGUUAUCACCAGUCAUUGAUGGCGCCUAUCGCGGCGUCUAUUCCCCGGUACUGCUUUGACAACGACAAAUACUGGUACAUCAUCGAGGCCAAAAUGGAGGACGGUCGCUGCUGGGAGUUGGCCCGCUACUACCACGAUUUUUACGAUUUCCAGAUCGCACUGUUGACUCAAUUUGAGGAGGAAGCCGGUAACCGUGGCAAGCCGCGCACGCUGCCGUAUAUGCCGGGUCCAGUCACCCAUGUCACGGACGCCAUCUCCAACGGCCGCCGACAGAAUUUGGAUGAGUAUAUUAAGAAGCUCUUGGCUAUGCCGCCUCAUAUCUCCCGCUGCCAAUUGGUCCGUCAGCUCUUCGCUCCCCGCCCCGGUGACUUUGAAAUCGAUCCGAACGCAUUUGGCGAAGAGACUCGGUUCUCUGGCGGCUCGCAUCAUUCUUCGGCGCAUGAGCCGUCACGGAGCGUGUCGCGCCAGUCGUCACAGGCACCGAUUGCCGUUCACACAGAGCGCAACUCGCACCAGCGCGGUCAACCCUCCCUCUCACUUUCCAAUGGCGCGCCACCCCCGAUGAACCGCCAACCUAGCUCGUUAACGCAGGUGUCGACGUCGAGCGGCGGUGCCAUGAAAGUCAAGGUUUUCUUCCAGGACGACCUCAUUGCGAUCCGGGUGCCGAACGACAUCAGCCUUCAGCAGCUCAAGGAGAAGCUCACGGACCGUCUGAAGAUCCAGGAUGAAAUCAUGGUUCAGUACAAGGACGAACCGUCCGGAACGUACGUCGACUUGGCCACGGACAGUGACCUGGACACGGCCAUCCAGCGGAACUCCAAGCUCACACUAUAUGUUGGACUUGCAUAG